AUGACCUCAUUUCGCUCCUGUCCGGUCCCACCGCCCCGAUUUGGGCUGCCCUCCUGUGCGUUAUGCUUCUUCUCAUCCGCUUUUCUAUGCACUAUUCCGGCCCUUCCGUCCGUCACUGGAUCACUGUACCGUGAUCAGAGUCUUCCUCCCACGGUGCACGUUGCCGUGUCUCCGGACCUCUGGUCUUCCUUGCGAUCUUCGCUUUCCAAUGACUUGCGCUUGCUGCGUGAUAUUGGACUUGCCAGCUGCCCUAAGGGUUGCACUCUCGUUUCCGUUGCCAACCGCAAGAUAUCUGGACUUUCCGAAGUUCCGAUUGCCUUUCCUGGUGAGCACUGGAUUUCGGUGCGUAUGCCGCCGGGCUCGGACCGCAAGCUUUCUGCAGAGUCCCAGGAGGUCCUAUGUAUGUGGGCAUCAUGCAUCUCUAAUGACUGCCCGAUCUUUCCGCUCGCCUUGGCUCCGCUCCUGUCUUGUGAAUCCUUUGUGGAUGCUUGUGCGGGUGCCCUUCACGCGGGCAUCGGUGGCUUCGUUAGUCUACAGGCUCAAUUGUCUCGCAGAGAGCUCUCGGACCUCUUCAAAUGGUUUCCCGCCGAGUCCUCCCCGCAGAAAUUCGUUGCAGCAUGGGAGCUCCUGGGUCAACUUGCUCUGGUCUGGUGCGUUGCGCUUCUCAUUCCUGCUGCCCACCCGCCUGCGCAUUUCGUGAGCCGAUGCGACAACUCGCCAUCCGACUCGGCCUCCUGGAAAGGACUCUCUACAGCCCGCGGACUGUGCGACUUGCUCCGCACCUAUUUCUCCUGCCAGCGCCAUCUUGCGCUCUCCAUUCAUAUUGACCAUGAUUACCGGUCCGAAUUCCGACCGGCUAAUCCGGACCUGACCGCUACGGUUGACGGCCAUCCGAAAAGGAUUACCGGUCCGAAUUCCGACCGGCUAAUCCGGACCUGA